GCCCAGCAGGCCCAGGCCACGGCGCACGCGCAGGAGUUGGUGGCAGCGGGCGUCAGUAAUGGCGCGGGCAAUGGUCUCGGCGCUGAUGGCGAUGGUGGCGAAGUGGCUCGUCAAGCCCAUUCACAGGUCACCGUGAACACGGCCGCGGUGGCGGCCAAGUGCAGCGAGCGCUCGACGGACCAGGCCGAGGGGCAGCUGGUCUCUAAGCCCCUGGGAGACUUCCUGCCGCAGCAGCUGGCGGCGCCCUCCGCCCAGGCCCGGCCAGCUGGCGGCCAGGGCGCCGCGGGAGGCAGAUUGCCCGACGACGCGGGCAAGCCCCGCGAGCCCGACCCCGCGGCCGCCUCCCCUGAGGCACAGCUCCGCGAGGCACUCGAGCAGGCAUGGCCCAGCGAGUUCGCCCGGGCCUCGCCGACUGACGCGGAGGCGGAGCGGGCGGGCCUCGCUGAGCGGCUCGGCACCAUGGCGACUUCCAACGGCACCGUCGCGGGCGCCGACGUCAGCGCGCCCACCGUCGCUCCCCGCAGAGCGCCUGCAGCCGAGGGGCGAGUCGCGGCGGCCCACGUCGACCUUGGCCCCGCCGGGCACGGCGAACUCGACCCCUUCGACCGCGUCCAGCUGGACGGCGGCGCGUCGGAGACCGCGCCCUCCGGGCCGAAUCGGCGGCCAGGUGCUGAGGGUUACAUCCUUUCGGUUGGCGCUCGGCCCGGGCGCCGCCCAGGCGCGGCAAUGCCCGGCAACGCCGACUUCCUGGACAGCGAGCGCGAGAUGCGCGACGAGCUGGGGCUCCUGGAUCGGGCCAAGGAGCCGCUGUCCAAGCGGAUGCAGCAGCGGUCAGGCGCGGAGGGCUUCAUCCCCAUCGGCAUGCGGCGGAAAUGCGCGGCGAGAUGGGGUCAAGAUCGGGCCAAGGCGCCGCUGGCCAAGCGCAUGAUCACCUUGAGAGGCGUCGUCGCGGGCGCCAGCGGCAGCGCGCCCGCCGCCACUCCCUGCGAAGCAUCUGCAGCCGUAGCGCGAGGCACAGCAGCCCUGAUCGGCCCGGGCUCCACCGCGGACGGCGAGCUCGACCCUUUCGAUUGCAUCGACCUGGAUUGCGGCGAAUCAGGGGCCGCGCCCUUCGAUCGAGCUGCAGCAGAGGUCAGGCACCGCCUAGGCACGGCCAAGCCUGGCGACGAGCCAGGGGCCCGGGAUCGGGCCACGGAGCCGCUGGCCAAGCAGAUCCAGCAGCGGUCAGGCGCGGAGGGUUUGGCCCCCUCGGCACGCGUUCGGCCCGGGCACCGCCCAGGCGCGGCCAAGCUCGGCACUGCGGACCCCCUGGGCCAAGAGCGCUGGGGGGCCCUGGAUCGGGUCAAGGUGCCGCCGGUCAAGCGGAUGGUUACCUCCAACGGCGUCGCCGCGGGCGCCGGCGGCAGCGCGCCCGCCGUCGCUCCCUGCGGAUCAUCUGCAGCCAGGGCGCGAGUCGCAGCAGCUCCUAUCGGCCUCGGCUUCACCGUGCACCGCGAGCUCGACCCUUUCGACAGAGCCGGGCUAGAGUGCGACGAGUCGGGGGCCGUGCCCUUCGAGCCGCGGCAGCGGUCAGGUGCCGAGGGUUUUCAUGCAGUCGGCGGGCGCUCGGCCUGGGUACCAGGUAUGGUCAAGCCUGGCAACGACGCCUCCCUGGACCACGAGUGCGGAACCCGCGCCGAGCUGACGGUGACAGAUCGGAACGCGGCGCAGCUGGUCAAGCAGAGGCCCAUCGCAAUCGCGGGCGUGAUCAUAGAGAUGGCAGCGGAGCUCAUCGUGCACAUAAGGAGGGUCGGCCAGGUGCCAGCGGAGGACGGGCAGCAGGCGCGGCCGCAGAUUCCCGACGCCAGCCGCAGCACCGCCACCCUCCCCAUCGAUAGCGACAG